UCUAAAUAGGAUCCGGUUGCCGGCAAGGUACUAGGUGAUGUUUUAUAUGUCAUAGCCUUUAUUAACCUAUUCUCGUAUUUUUUAUUUUACAGAACUUGGAUCAAGACUCAUAUUCGAAAGAACUCACUUUCAAUUCCCACAGCGAUGCCGUCCAGACAAAACGAGACAGAGCAUUUCCACGGUGUCAAAUAUGAUCAGCUUCAAGAUCCCGACUCUUCACCGCGACCCAGAUCACACGAAUUACGUUCCAAGAUAUGGUCAUUUGUAGCAGGCAUUGUUGCGGCUCUACUCGUCUUCCUAGUCUUUCAACUAGUCCGUUCGUCCUCUAUACCGAAAGAAAAGACCCCCCAAGAGAUCGAGGAUGAGGAAUGGAACCAUUGUGGUCGCUCCAGCGCUGCUGCCAUGUCUCGUGGUUGUCUCAUGGAACCCAACUUCUACGGAUGGUUUCCCUCUCGCUGCAUGUUCUCAGAGCUCACUGAGAAGUAUCCCGUAUUUGAAGACAGAACCUGGUACUCGGACGUGAACCUAACUCGCGAAAUAUCAGCCAAAGAUCUCUGGGAGGGGAAGCACGCCAAAAUCUACACCCAAAGGAUGCAUGGAGAACAUUGCUUAUUCCAAUGGAGAAAACUCCGCUAUGGGAUGGAACACCAGAAGGAUUUCCUCGACACUAAGACAUUUAGCGCCCAUCACGCAAAGCACUGCGCCGACCAGUUAUCGGAGCGUUGUGAGGGCAUUCAAGAUAAGACUGAGGUUGAGCUAGGUUUCUACCAUUGCAAGAAAACGAUCUGGUAGUGGAUUUUCAGGGGGGUUGUCUUGGCUUUAAGCUUUAGGGGCUUUAUAUGUUGCCUGGAUCUAUGUGGGCCGAUGCAAUGCGGUG